UUGCACAGCUGAUAAAAUGAUAAAAUGAUACAACACAUUGUGUGAUAAGAAUUUUUAUACAUUUGUUGUUGUUGUUUGUCCUCGCCCAAUGCAUUUUUUUACUCGAUUCCAUUAUUGUUUUGUUAUCACUAUUAUUUCAAUAAAUGCUUCAUCACUGUCAAUUGAAAGACAAAAGAGGCAAUUAUUGAGUGCGUUGAACUUGUCAUCUCGUCCGCCACUUAUACAUCAGGCUCCUGUGAUACCGGAUUCAAUGUCGACUUCAAGAAAGCAUGAUUUAUAUGGUGGAGUUUUAGACAAGAUCACUCUUGAGCCGAAUAGAAAAAGUUGGACAUGCUUAACACCCGAAUCACUUGUGAAGGACUGCUUUCAGUAUUCAAUUAAUUCAAUCAAUCAUGAAAUUCUCUCUGCAUCCCUUAUUAUUGAUCCAAAGGAUACGAAUAUUAGUAUAGUUGUGUACGAAGUCGAUGAGUUGUUCGGAGAGUUGCAAUACGUGGAUCGAUUCGAAAUUCGCGAAACAUUGGAUAAAUAUCAUUUUGAUAUUAGUCACUUGUUCCAUAAAUGGAUGAAGCAAAAAAGUUCGGAUAAAAUGAUUAAGAUCGAAAUCACCAACUCCAACACUCAAAACGUGAUCAAUGCCCUGUCGGUGCUCAGAAAUGCUCCAAACUUUGAUGUUAUGGUAUUCCAGCCGAAUACCGUAACCGCCGGCACUUCGGAUUGUGUCGGAUGCUGUGUGAUUCCGUUUUAUGUGAAUUUCACAGAAAUUGGCUGGAACGACUGGAUCCUGAGCCCGCCGGGCUUCUACGCCAACGUUUGCUCCGACACAGUGUGCUCCACAGAAUCCGACGAAGUCUAUCAAUUCAUGAAAGCCGCCAUUUCAGACCUCCCAGAGCCAAAGUGUGCUCCGAAUUACUAUGGAAGUGUCGAUAUGAUUGUUGCUCUGAGCCCUCGGGAUAUUCGGAAAACCAGAGUCCAUGGAUUGCGUGCUCUUUCUUGCAGUUGUACUUAGAGCAUUUGGAGUUUAUUUGGACGACAAAAAAGGAAACAAAACAAAACAGAAAAAACAGGAUAUAUUAUGAGAACAAAAAAAACAAAAAAAAACAACUAACAAUUAAAAAAAAAACAUUCCGAUCUUUUUCUUGUUCAAAAAAAAACUUCAAAAAUUAUUAUUAUUCAUCCGUUAAAAAGUGACCUUCUUGCCACCUCCCUUGCCGCUCUUUCUCUUCGCCUUCAAAAUUUGACGAACAUCCUGCUUGGCGGUCUUAUUGCGUAGUGGAACGUAGGCGUACGGCUGAACACUCUUCUGCUGUUGCUUCGGCUUGUUGGGCUUUUGCUUCUGCUGACGCUUGGCUCCCACGGAGCUUCCAACUUGUGAUUUUCCGGAUGUAUCUCUGCAAAAAAUUUGUUUUUUUCAAAUUGGUUUCGAAUUAUUAAUUUGAAUGUUAAUAAAUGUUUUAUUGUAUUAAA